UGCAACGGGAAUGAACAGACCCGCACGGAUAACAUAAUAAUCCAACCGUCAGUUUUCUUUAUAAACAUUUUUAUUUAUUUUUUAUGACAAGGACAAUUUACAGGCUACCUACGUUUACAGACAAUAUGACAAUCAACUGUGGAACGUUUUGAAUAAGACUGUUAUUAUUGAGACAUUGACCAUAACCUAUCGCUGUCUGUCUGUCUUUUAAACCGGAGAGUGAGAACCGACAAGGACGUGCCGCUAUACGGGAACGUGUAACACGGACAUCAGUGCAGCUCACCGGACCGGUAAACACGUCUCUAAUAACCACCGUGGAUCUAUAUUUUCCAUUUGGAAUCUUCACAGCUCUUCUCUCAGAAACAUUCUCCUGGAAGAAUCCGGUGACUCACCGCGAGGGAAAGGCAAGCCUCUGCAUUCUAAUCAGCCGCACCGGGAGAACGGAGAGGAGAACGGAACGAGCUCAUUGACAUUACAGUCAUACUUUUUGUGGAGCACUUCUACUUCGGUAGCUGAACCCGCACCACUCGUAUCGCUGCUAGUCUGCGUCGGUCGGAGCUGGUUGCUGGCUUCAUUCUCACCACCCGGAGAAGGAAUAGCAGGGCGACAGACCAAGCGAGGGGAUUGGGUUUUAACAUAAACCAAAACCAGGGAUUAUUUGUAUUUUUUAUUUAACCUGAUACCUUUCGGCAAGAGGAGCGACAGAGAGAGAGAGUACGGGAACGCAUAACGGCUAUUCUAUCCGGUUGGAGACAGACCGGGUUACGAUUAUUCCUGAGAUGAGCCCUAGGCGUUCAACUGAAUUUAAAUUAGGUGUCCACGAGCACCAGCGUUUUCUAUAAGGGAAAGGAGAGCGAGAGAGAGAGAAAAGGGAAUUUAAAUCGGUGCUCUAGAAUGACUUCUACAUUCCACGAUGAACGGAACUGUGUGUUUGAUCCUGAAUGGUAGAAAUCACCCAUUUUGUGUUGGAGAAAUCAACAGGUCGGAGUCGGAGGCGUAAAAAACAAAAUCGCUCGAAAUUAAAAACCCCUCUCACCGAAGGAUGUAUCUUUCCAUUUUAUUUUUCCUUCUCCUUUGGGCUCAAGCCCUGGCUUUGAAAAACUUGAAUUAUUCCGUUAACGAAGAGCAAGGACCGGGAACGGUUAUAGGCAACAUCGCUAAAGAUGCUAAACUCGGUCUCGGGCAAGGAGGACAAGGGAAAAAAUCAAACUUCAGAGUUCUGGAGAAUUCAGCACCGCAUCUCAUCGAUGUGGACCCGGAGAGCGGGCUGCUCUAUACCAAGCAACGCAUCGACAGGGAAACACUGUGUCGGCGGAACCCCAAAUGUCAGCUCUCCAUGGAGGUAUUUGCUAACGACAAAGAGAUCUGCAUGAUUAAGGUAGAUAUAGUCGACAUCAAUGACAACUCGCCCACGUUCCCUUCUGAUCAGAUUGAUAUUGACAUUUCUGAGAACGCAGCCCCGGGCACCCGCUUCCCGCUUACUAGCGCUCAUGACCCGGACGCUGGGGAGAACGGGCUAAAAACCUACCAGAUCACACGAGACGACUACAAUCUGUUUUCUUUGGAUGUAAAAUCCCGCGGGGACGGAACUAAAUUUCCCGAGUUAGUUAUUCAACGGCCGUUAGACCGGGAGGAACGUAACCAUCACACCCUCAUCCUAACCGCUACGGACGGCGGGGAGUAUCCCAGAUCAGGAACCAUGCAGAUUAAUGUGAAAGUUAUUGACUCUAACGAUAACAGCCCUGUGUUUGAACAGCCCUCUUAUGUUGUAGAAAUCCCAGAAAACUCCCCACCUGGGAAAGUAGUGAUAGAUUUAAACGCCACAGACCCAGACGAGGGUUCCAAUGGUCAGGUGGUUUAUUCAUUCAGCGGUUACGCCCCGGAUAGAAUCAGAGAACUCUUCUCCAUAGAUUCUAGAACGGGAGUCAUAAAAAUCCAAGGAGAGAUUGACUACGAGGAGAACCCUAUUAUAGAAAUAGAUGUUCAGGCUAAGGAUUUAGGCCCUAACCCCAUCCCAGGCCACUGUAAAGUAACUGUGAAUGUGAUUGACAGGAAUGACAACUGGCCCUCCAUAGGGUUUGUGUCUGUGAGGCAGGGGGCCAUUAGCGAGGCAGCCCCACCAGGCACGGUCAUCGCCCUGGUCAGAGUCACGGAUAAAGACUCUGGGAGGAACGGGAAGCUCCAGUGUCGAGUCUUGGGGAACGUUCCGUUUAAACUAGAGGAGAACUACGACAACUUCUACACCGUGGUGACGGACAGGCCUCUGGACAGAGAACAGCAGGACGAGUACAACGUCACCAUCGUCGCCAAGGACAACGGCACGCCGCCCCUUAACUCCACCAAGUCGUUCGCGGUGAAGAUUCUAGACGAGAACGAUAAUGUUCCGCGUUUCACCAAAGCUGUGUAUCUGCUCCAGGUGCCGGAGAACAACAUCCCCGGGGAGUAUCUGGGUUCCGUCCUCGCUCUAGACCCGGACCUGGGCCAGAACGGAACCGUGUUCUACUCCAUCCUCAACUCCAACGUGAGCGGAGGAGAUGUCAACACCUUCGUGAACGUGAACGCGGCCAACGGGGCGAUCUACGCCGUGAGGUCAUUCAACUACGAACAAAUCAAAUUCUUUGAUUUUAAGGUCUUGGCGAAGGAUGCUGGGUCUCCUCACCUGGAGAGCAACACCACGGUCAGGGUCAGCGUCUUAGACGUUAACGACAAUAUCCCCGUCAUCGUUCUCCCGCUGCUCCUGAACGACACGGCGGAGAUCCACGUGCCACGGAACGUCGGCGUGGGUUACGUCGUCACCACGGUGAGGGCGGUCGACAACGAUUACGGCGAGAGCGGGCGGUUGACCUACGAGAUCUCCGACGGUAACGAGGAGCAUCUGUUCGAGAUGGACCCGGUGACGGGCGAGGUACGGACCGCCCACCCCUUCUGGGAGGACGUCAGCCCCAUGGUGGAGCUGAUCAUCAGGGUGAUGGACCACGGGAAGCCCACCCUCACCACCGCCGCACGCCUCAUCGUCAAGGCCUACAGCGGACCGCUGCCGGGCGGCGAGCCCCACAUCAACGAAGAGCAUCACAACUGGGACACCUCGCUGCCUCUCAUCGUCACCUUAUCCAUCAUCUCUAUGAUGCUGCUGGCUGCCAUGGUAACCAUCGCCGUGAAGUGCAAACGGGAGAACAAGGAGAUCAGGACGUACAACUGCCGCAUCGCGGAGUACUCUCACCCGCAGCUGGGCAAAGGCAAGAAGAAGAAGAUCAACAAGAAUGACAUCAUGCUAGUUCAGAGCGAGGUGGAGGAACGGGACGCCAUGAACGUCAUGAACGUGGUGAGCUCCCCGUCGCUCGCCACCUCCCCCAUGUAUUUCGAUUACCAGACGCGGCUGCCGCUGAGCUCGCCCAGGUCGGAGGUCAUGUACCUCAAGCCCACGGCCAACAACCUGUCGGUGCCCCAGGGACAGGGCCACGGCGUCGGCUGUCACACGUCCUUCACUGGCCCGGUGACUAACACCACAGAUACCCCCAGUAGCAGGAUGUCCAUUAUACAGGUAGGAACAAGAAACCAUUCAACUAGGUUUUUAUUGAUUUAUGUGAACCUUUGUUUGUUUAGGUGACCAGGGAGAAGGAGAAGUCACGUUAAGAUUCAAAUUCCCUUGUUGUUGGAAUGGAAAUUUGUGUUUGGCUUUACAUGUGUCUGACAUAGCAAACAGACAGAAAGCAGGACAGCAUUCGAUAUAUAUAUACGACAGCAUUGUGAUUAUCCACCAUAUUCCUUCCUCCUACCCCUCAUCCAUCUCCUCUUGCUUCAGAUCUUUUCCCUCUCUACUUAAUGGACUGAUGUACUGGAGUGUAGGUAUAGUGUAACACGAGAGAGAUAGAGAUGGAAAUAUGGAAAGAGAGAGAGAGAGAUAGAGAUGGAAAUAUGGAAAGAGAGAGGGAGAGGGAGAGGGAGGGAGAGAGGGAGAGU